AUGGCAAAGGGCAACUAUUGGAAACACACAUUGCUUAAUAUGGCAAGGGCAGCCACUAUUCACGUGAAUAGUAGCUGCCCUAGGGCUCCCCUUUCCAUGGCAAGGGAGCACUUCCAGCAGUUUAACUCUUUCCAUAGCAAGGGGAGCCCUAGGGUUGCUACUAUUCAUGUGAAUAGUGGUUGCCCUAGUCCCCCCAGCAAAGGCUGUUCACGGUUCGAUAACCGUGUCUUGGAGGAGUUGCCGACCACCGAACCGGAGGUCAUCGGCGCACCUAUUUUGGAGACCGCCGCCGCGCCGAGGAGAUGCAAGACCGACUACAAUCGGCACGCCGAGAAGUCAGUGCGGUUUGGUUUGGUUCGGCGAGCAUUGAUGGCAGAGGAUUGA